UAUCAAGAAGAUUUGAGAAUUCUGUCAAGGUGGUGGAAGAACUCAUGUCUUGCAGAAAAGAUGUCAUUUUCAAGGGAUAUACUGGUGGAGAAUUUUUUUUGGGCAGUUGGAAUAAUGUUUGAGCCUCAACACAGCUAUUUUCGGAGAAUGAUCACAAAGGUCAUUGUUUUUAUCUCAAUCAUAGAUGAUAUUUAUGAUAUUUAUGGCACUCUUGAUGAAUUGGAAGUCUUCACGGAUGCAAUUGAAAGAUGGGAUGCCAAAGCAAUGGAACAACUUCCAGACUACAUGAAAGUAUGUUAUUUUGCACUCUUCAAUACUAUCAACGAAGUAGCGUAUGACGUUCUCAAAGAUCAAGGGAUCGAUGUCUUGCCCUGCCUUACAAAAUCAUGGGCAGAUCUAUGCAAAUCAUACUUACAAGAAGCAAGAUGGUAUCACAAUGGAUAUAAGCCAAGUCUGGAAGAAUACAUGGAUAAUGCAUGGAUUUCAAUUGCAGCUCCUAUGGUAUUAGUCCAUGCUUUUUCCCUUGUCACCAAUCCAAUUACCAAAGAGGCAUUGGAUUCCUUAAGCAAUUAUCCUGACAUAAUUCGCUUCUCUGCUACAAUUUUUCGGUUUGCUGAUGAUUUGGAGACAUCAUCGGAUGAAUUGAAAAAAGGCGACGUUCCCAAGUCAAUUCAGUGUUACAUGAACGAAAAGGGUGCUUCCGAAGAAGAGGCAAGAGAACACAUUAGAGUUUUGAUAAAGGAGACAUGGGAAUCGAUGAACACAACUCAGAGGAAAAAUUCUCUAUUUUCUGAAACAUUUGUUGGAAUAGCAAAAGAUAUUGCAAGAACAGCACACUUCAUGUAUCUUCAUACCGAUGUUAAAAGUAGCAUCUCCAGAAUACUUUUUGAGCCUAUCACCAUUCCUAAUGUUCCAUUGGUUCCCAAGUAAUUUAUCCCAUGUAGCCCGCAGAGGUAGAUUCAAGACUUGAAGUUUAUUAGUUCAUGUAAGGGUCUCUCAAGUUAAUAUUUACUAUUAAUUGGCUUCACAGUCGAAUAUUUAUAGAUAUUUUCUAAUUUAGUAAAUUUCUUAACAUAUAUACAGAGUCUAUGCACAAUUUACUAAAUUUCCGUGAAUCUGUAUAUUGUACACAUGCUCCGCCACUAGUAUGUAUCCCGAUCGCUAAUCUUCUUCUCAUUAAUUUUAUUGAAGUGUUCUGUCUUA